CAAAACCAGCACUGUCCCACGUUGUGGCUUUAACAGAGCUCUCUCUCUCUCUCUCUCUUCUCGAAUUCGAAACUCUCUCUCUCUCUGUCUCUCACCGCGAAACCGCUUUUCUUCACCGGAAACCGCUUUAUUUUCUAUUUGGCGGUCUUUCUCUGAUCGUCUCGGGAUGAGUACCGGCGAGCUCCUCAAUAUCGAGCCUCAAGAGCUCCAAUUUCCUUUUGAGUUGAGGAAGCAGAUCUCGUGCUCUCUGCAGUUGUCGAAUAAGACCGAUUACCGUGUGGCUUUCAAGGUGAAGACCACGAAUCCAAAGAAGUACUGCGUGAGACCCAAUACUGGAAUCGUGUUGCCGAGGUCUACCUGCGAUGUUAUAGUUACAAUGCAAGCACAAAAGGAUUCCCCGGUCGAUAUGCAAUGCAAGGACAAGUUCCUGCUUCAAAGCGUGGUGGCAAGUUCUGGAGCGUUAGCUAAGGAUAUAACCCCAGAAAUGUUCAAUAAGGAGUCAGGGCAUAAUGUUGAGGAGUGCAAAUUGAGGGUUCUUUAUGUUUCUCCACCUCAACCACCUUCGCCAGUUCGAGAAGGGUCAGAGGAAGGUUCUUCACCAAGGGCUUCGGUAUCCGAUAACGGGAAUCUGAAUACUUCUGAAUUUACACUGGCCUCAAAAGCUUUUGAGCGACAUGAGCCUCAAGAUAACUCCUCCGAGGCAAGUGGUCUUAUUUCAAAGCUGAACGAGGAGAAAAAUUCUGUUAUUCAGCAAAAUAAAAAGCUUCAGCAAGAACUGGAGCUCUUGAGGCAUGUAGCUAGCAGAAGCCGUGUCGGUAUCCCGCUGCUGUACGUGCUUCUCAUCGGCUUGGUUGGCAUUAUUUUGGGGUAUCUUGUGAAGAGGACAUGACCAAUUGUGUUAAUCCUUUAUUCCUCCGGGUUACCCCCCUCUGUGGCAAACGAAAUGUAGAAAGCCAGAAGAAAACAGAUGUGUGACUGACGAAUCUUGUUUGUUGUAUUCCAAGCUGUGUUACACUAGGGAAUAUUGGAGAUGUGUGAACAGUAGAAGGGAACCUUUUGUUCAUUGUAUUAGCAGAUAUUGACAGUAGAGAACAUGGUUAAUGGGUUUUACUGGAUUUGUAAUUGCCCCAGCAGAACUCUCUUCAUUAUUCAUUGUGUGACCCACUUUUUCAUGAA